ACAAUCUCAUGGUUCGCAGCUUUCAAUCGCCCGUCCCAGCGAGCUCUGUGGAUUUCGUUGCUGCUGCUCCACCCCCUGCUAUCUCGGCCAACCCCCCACACCCACCAUGGCCUCCCUAUCUUUCGCCGCCUCCGUGGCCACGUGCCCUGCUGUGAUCGCCUCGCCGUCGACCGCGCCGGUAUCUUCGCGGCGGCUAAACGUGGAGUCGGCGCACCACGUGAACAAGAAGGCGACGGGUCGCCACGUGGCGACGCGGCCGAAGAAGCACGCGGUGUGGGACAGGAAGCGCGGCGGAACCAAGGACUACGGGCCGUUGCCCGAGGCUCCCCCGGUCUGGCGCCUAGAGGAGGACGAGAAGGCUCAGGAUGCUUCGUCUUAGACUCGUUAUAAGGCGCCUCGGUGGACGUAGUGUGCGACAGGAAGCCUGGCUUACGUGUCGACUCUUAGGGUGGAACUAAGGACUACGGUCCAUAGCCGGUGGUUCUUUCCGUCUGGCGGUUUGAGAACGAGGAGGUUAAGGUCCUGACCGCUUAAUCUUAGACACGCCAGGUGCAGGGUUUAAGACGCGUUGUAGCUGAGUGCAGCCAUUGCUGGUUCUUCCUUCUCGUAUUUGCGUCGUGGAAUCCCAUUGUACCCUCGGUUUCCCUUUAUUGUUACCAGUCUACACUGAUAUCUCGCUAAAGCGCUUUCCAACC